CUGAAAGCCAAAAGUUUCCUAUAGAAACAUCAUUUUAUAAACUGUAUCAUAUCAACCAUAAUGUGCAGCACAUAUUUACUUCUUGUAGUCUUGUUUUCUUUUCUGAUAUUCGGAAUAAGUGGUCAACAGAAAAAGAAUGCUGCAAUGUCAGAAGAAAAACUUGGUCGGACAAAACGAGAGAAGAGUAGUUUCAAUUUCUAUAAAACUAUUGAACUUAUCACGAACUCUCAGAAAGAAGUGUAUCGUCACUUUCAAGCCCAAAUUGAAAGACAAAAUGAAAGGAUAGAAAGACUGACAAUUGGAAAAGAAAACUCGGACCAGAAAUAUAAUAACCUGGUCAAAGAUAUCGUUUCAUUCAAACGCACUGAGAAGUCUAAAAACAUAGGAUUUUCAGCUGCAGUUAGGACCCAUGUAAUACUAAAAGCUGGUGAAAUAGUUAAAUUCAAUACAAUCAAAUCAAAUGAAGGAAAAGCAUACAAUCCUGCUACUGGCAUAUUUGAGGUACCAAUUAGUGGGACUUAUAUGUUCACAUGUACUAUUUUAACCAAAGCUGGCUCUGUUUUGGAAAUUUGCUUAAAAGUUAACCACCAGGAUUAUAACAUGUGUGUGUAUUCUAUAGCUGUGAAUGGUCAUAACAGUGCUACAAACUCUAUUGUCUUAAGACUAAAGAAAGGAGAUCAUGUUAUGAUGACUAAAUUCAGAAAUAAUGGAAGAAAGCCAUUCUAUGUACAUGGUAACAGUAGUUGGAGCACUUUCUCUGGAUUUUUAAUUCAUACAUAAGUAAAUGAACCAAUAAAGAUUAAAGAAAGCACUA